GACUGAUAAGCGGGUCACGUCAGGACCAGCUCCAGGAAUAACUGCGGGGCUCCACAAUAUUGCCGGACCCGGUGAACCAGGCCAGGCCGGUUCUGGUACUCAUAACCCGCCCUGCUUCCCUCCCUCCCUUCCUGUGUUACACCUCCCACCUCACCUCUCCAAGCUCCGUCUCAUGCCCCGCCGGCCCUCCAAGUGUACAUAACACACGCUGCAGAUGAAUGUCUGACAGAUCCCAAAAGUCAGUCUGGAUCAAAGGCUCGUGGCUCGCCUCAGAUGGUCGAGGGUGGGAAGAUUACCACAUUCCAUAAUUUAACCUGUCUAGCGGAGGGGCCCCUCGCCUUUGUUUAUGCCUUUGGAAGUCGGGUAUUAGAGGAUUCAAGAGGUGAAUUAUAAGGAUAUUAAAAUCUUUGCUUUUUCCUGUAAACUUUAAAAGGGAAAUUCUGCCUUUUGCAAGGAAUAUAUAUAUAUACAUAUUCAGACUACGGCAUCUUUCGGUAAAAUUGCACUGUUCAACUUUGAGGACUUCUCACUGGUUCCCUAACAUAGCUGCCACAACUUAAGCGGCCUGAAGAAGGCUGAAUAAGCCCUAUCUUACAGCUGCUUACUCACCUGAACGAGGCUGAGAAUGUCCCUACAGAGGCGGCGGCGCAACAGAAGAUAGCACCAGCAAAACAAAUCCCCUCAACCCACCACCACUUCCGCUAGGAGUCAUGGAGUCGGUGCACACAACCCCCGCCUCCUGCACCCUCUUUCCCUGCCCUCACAGAUAUUUUUCUAAUCAGCCGAGACGUCCUCCCUGCUCCACCACCCCAAACAAAACAAUGGCCGGGGAUCCAGAAUUCCGCAGGUCUCAGACGCUGCGACACCCAACCAGGAGUUAUUCUCUGACUCCAGCUGUCUUCUCCUUCAGGGAGCUCUCGACGAAGCUCUCCAUGUUGUCUCUCCUUCACGUGCUAGCGCUUCUAGUACUGGUGCCUCAGGUGAUGUCCUUCGCCACGUCGUCCUUCAUCACGCCGCGCCUGACGUCCUUCGAGUCCUGGGAGCACGAGGCGCUGCUGGAGGAGUCGGGAGCCUUCGUGGUGCAGUGGACGCCGCGAGAGGAGAGCAUUGAAUUCCGGGUGACAGCGAGAACCACUGGUUACAUCGGUUUCGGCCUCUCGUCUAAACCCAGGAUGGACGGCGCAGAUAUCGUCGUCGGGUGGGUCCACUCCGGGAAGGCCUACCUGCAGGACCGCCACGGGCGGGGCAACCAGGAGCCCUCGGUCGACGACCAGAGGGACUGGAUGCUGGUGGGCGGCUACGAGAACGACACCCACACGGUGCUCAUCAUGUCUCGUCCCUACAACACCUGCGACAAGCACGACCACGUCAUCUCGAACGACACGGUACGACUGCUGUGGGCCUACCACCCCGACGACCCCGUGGACCCGGAGUCUCCCCGCCCGCGCCUGCACUACCACGGCGCCUCCAGAAGGGGCGCCAAGUCCAUGUUCCUGCUGGAGCGAGGACAGAAGAUCCCGUCCAACACCGUCUACAGCAGCAGCAGACACCCGCCGCUUCAACACUCCCCCAACUUCUCCGAUUCUCCCUCAGGGCUCCCUCCCUCUCCUCCCCAACACCCCGGAGGCCACUACCACCACCACCAGCGCCAGCACCACCACCACCACCACCAUUCGCCACUCACCAGGUCCUGGUUGCUCACCAACCCUGGUGUAGAGGUGGCGGCCACCAGCGACACAGUGUACUGGUGUAAGGUCUUCAAGCGACCCAACCUCGUCCAGAAGAAUCACGUUAUUAGGUACGAGCCGGUGUUCACGGCCGGAAACGAGCAGUAUGUGCACCACAUGAUCGUGUACGAGUGCACGGACCUUGGUAAUUUAAACCCGGAGGUGGACGCGGACUUCGAGGUGCUGGCGUCGUCAGCUGGGCACGGAUGCUACCAGGCUGACACUCCCCACGUGGUGCUCACCUGCAACCAUGUUGUAGUGGCCUGGGCCGUGGGCUCCGAG